AUGGCCAGCAAGGGAAAAGGGCAGAAAGGGAUUGAUGAAUUCUAUUACGAGGAUGAAGAGGUAUUAUGCCACUGCGGGCUGAGAGCUUCUCGAAGAAUUUCACAUACUGUUGCCAACCCGAAUCGAAAAUUUUUCGGUUGUCCAUUGUUCGGCUCUAAGAAGAAGGAGCCCUGUGAUUAUUUUGAAUGUCAUGACAUUAGAGCUGCAUUAUACAAGGAGAGGAAAAGACUUGGUGAAAUGGUUUCGAAUUUGCAGCUGGAGAAUGCAGAUCUUCGUGCUGCAUUAGACAGAGUGUCCAAGCAUAGUGUUGAUGUUGGAAUUGAAAGCAAGAAUGUGAUAUCAUCCUACGAAGAGAUAGUUGUUGCCAUUAAGUCGAUUAAGCUCAGGUUGGACCAGUUGGAGGCUGGGAGUUCAAAGCUCAAAUGA